AUGGCGGUGGCGAAGGCCGAACUGUCUUAUUCGGGCACUGUCCCAGAGCUAUUGGCCACUGCUUUCGGUAGGCCUGAGCAGCCUGGAGCAUUUGAUCAACCGAGUAAACGCCGUAAGUUGGCUUCGGUGCCUCAAAGCCUUAGACAGCUAAAUGGGCUGUCGGAAUCCCAAAUUCCAUUGGGUUAUAUCCCGCUUGCACGGUUUCAUUUACACUUGAGCUUUGCGUCGGCGGCACGGACGCCAGAAGAACAUGAUCGCCCCACGGAACUGCUGCAUGCUGUACCUGUCAUCCUUGAAGCCACUAGAGUGCCUCGUACCCAGCCUGAGACGGUCCAGAAUGGUCUUCCCUAUGAGUGCCACAGUCUGGCAAUAGUGACGCUUUCGGAAAGAAAAGCCAUCUUCACAGAUGAGCUUUCAGGUCCGGAACUCGUCGAACUUGGUAGUAACCUAUCGCUCGCCUCAACCCUUGUUUGUGCCGAUUGCUUUCACAGGAAUAUACCGCCUGUUUGCUACCAGUCUACUCUCCACUGUUUGCCGGACAGAAAGACAUUUCACCUGGAAACAGUCAUCUUGUGGAGAGAUUCACUCCUUAUUCCGGAGAUCAACAAACUGCCCGCUGGUCCAUUAAGAGUGUUCUCCAAGUUCAUUCUGCGGGAGGCAGAUGACGAUGUGGUAGCCAAAACACUGCAAAAGCAUCACAAAGGAGGAGGUGCUACAACUUGGUCGCCGCGUGACUUCUACGACAAUGUCUACGUCCCUCCGAGCACCUCCGCGUCCUCGGCAGAUAUAAAAUGCGGCCUUCUAGAAUGCCAGCUUUUUCCGUUUCAAAGGAGAGCAGUCAGGUGGCUUCUGCAAAGGGAAGGCGUGGAGCUUCAAUCAGAUGGACAGGUGGUCCCUACGAAGCAGGAUGCCAGCGGUAAUUUGCCAGCAUCCUUCGUACAAAUUGCCGAUGCAGACGGGAACGUAUGCUUCGCAAGCCAUCUGUUUAUGAUUGUUACUACCGACAUCUCGAAUUGGUAUGCCGCGGAGAACACCCUCAAGGGCGGGGUGUUGGCCGAGGAGAUGGGCCUGGGCAAAACCGUCGAGAUGAUCGGUUUGAUCUGCCUUCAUCGCCGCCGGGUCUCUCCAGACCGUUCGGAUCAGCACAGACGCGUCAACGGCUUGAGGCUGUCAGGUGCAACCUUGAUCAUAACACCUCCAGCGAUUCUUGAGCAGUGGAGACAGGAAAUUGAGUUGCAUGCGCCGGGACUGCGUGUAUUCCACUAUGAAGGUAUCCAGCGUCAUCAAAAACUGCCAGAUGCUGAACUGAUCCAGUUGAUCUCUGAUCACGAUGUUGUACUCACCACCUACAACGUCCUUGCCCGCGAGGUUCACUAUUCUGGUGAUGCGCCAAAGCGGAAUCUACGACAUGAGAAACGAUUCGAACCAAGAAGAACGCCGCUUGUCCAGAUAUCCUGGUGGCGGGUCUGCCUAGAUGAAGCUCAGAUGAUCGAGAGUGGUGUCAGUAAUGCUGCGAGAGUCGCUCGUUUGAUCCCACGCCAAAUGGCUUGGGCCGUGACUGGGACGCCGCUUCGAAAAGACAUUGGAGACCUUCUUGGUCUCCUGCUCUUUCUUCAUUACGAUCCCUACUGUGGCUUCAUCUGGAACAGGCUGUGUCUUUCAUUUCGUCCUAUCUUAGCAGGUAUUGUUCAUGAAAUCGCUCUUCGGCAUAGCAAAGAUCAUGUUCGCGGCGAGCUUCGUUUACCUCCGCAGAAGAGAGUGGUUAUAACGGUCCCUUUCACUGCGGUGGAGGAACAACAUUAUGGACAGUUAUACGAGCAGAUGUGUGAAGAUUGUGGCCUUGAUCUGUCAGGCGCACCCCUGGGUGAUGAGUGGAAUCCCAAUGACCCGUCAAUGAUCGAAAGGAUGCGAAGUUGGCUGGUCAGACUCCGUCAAACCUGUCUUCAUCCUGCGGGAAACAGCCGUCGGGGCUUAGGCAUCGGCAACAAUGGGCCACUACGAUCAGUCAAUGAGGUACUCGAAGUUAUGAUUGACCAGAACGACGUGCUCAUACACACAGAAGAGCGCUCGCUUCUCAUGUCCCAGCUCCGGCGGGGACAGUUGCUGGAGAAUGCAAUGCGCAAGCGUGAAGCGCUUGACCUUUGGAAAGCAUCCUUGGAGCGAGCGAGCGCAGUCGUUCAAGAAUGUCGAAAUCGGUUACAGGUAGAACGCAUGAAGGGUCGGGUCACCUCCGCUGAUGAUGCUCGGGAUUCUGCGUCUGUAGUCUCGACAAGCGACAACGAGGGCGACGAAGUUGAAAGGAACGCACGCAUCGGUACCCACCGCCAGAGAUUACGCAUGGCUCUCGAGGUCCAACAUAUCUGUAUCUUUUUCACCGGAAACGCGUACUACCAGAUCAAGACGGACCUGAAGCUCACUGCGCCUGAUUCUGAGCAAUUUAGGUCGUUGGAGAAACAGGAAGAGGAGGCGUAUGCAGCAGCGAAGGUCAUCCGGAAGGAGAUGCUGGUUGACAUCUCCCGAAGAGUCGGACAUUUCAUGAAAGUGAUAAAGGAAAAGUCCCAGAAGAGGCAAUUCGUGGCCAUUCCCCAUAUGAAGUCCCGGCUUUAUAGCACUGGAUUAGAGGGUCGUCGUGUCCUCGAAAAGUUUGAAGAUUUCUGCGAAGCCAUGAACCAGCAUGCUGCACAGUAUGAGAGCUGGCGGCAGACUAUGGUUAAAUUCCUCUCCGAAUCACUUAUCGAUCAAGAGGAUGAAUCGGAGCUCGAAGGUGAUGAAUACGAGAGAUCCACCAAACAUCAGGACGAAAUGUACGUCUAUAUGGAAGCCUUGCGCGCGAUGUUCGCCGACCGUCAUGAUUGCUUAACUGGGCAAAAGAACGUCCUUAUUGCCCAUGAAGUUAAAGGAGGGAUUAUUCAAGCACAGAAAGGAGAAGGCCCAUCCCCAACCCUUUUCUUGGAAGUUAUGAACAUACGCAGUAAUAUGAAGCCUGAUCCACAACUCGGCUCACUUCGUGGGAUCAUCAGCGAGCUUCGCAGCCUGGCUACCUCGCUUGAAUGGCAAGCAAAUGAAGGAAGUUCUCGAGCGCGUGCGGAGCUUGAAAUUGUCAGUCUGGUGCUGAAAAACGCAAGCCAGAUGGCGGCUGAGCAGUCCAAAGCUGCUUCCGGGUUAGAAAGGGAGGUUGAGAUGUUCCGAGAUACGAUGAAUACCCGCCUUGAAUAUUAUCGUCAGCUACAGCAAAUCUCUGAUACCGUUGCGCCGUACGACGAAGAGAGUGUUGGCAAGCCCUUGGAUGAGGCGCUUUUCUCCUCAAAGCUCGGGAAGGAAAGCGUUAUUGAUGGGAAAAUAUCUGCCUUGCGGGCAAAGCGUCGGUAUUUGAUCCAUCUCCGAGAUGAAUCUGGCUCCGAUGAUUCGUCAAGAAUAUGCGUCAUAUGCCAGUCUGGGUUCGAAGUUGGGGUUUUGACGGUCUGUGGCCACAAAUACUGCAAGGAUUGCCUGCGGCUGUGGUGGCAUCAACACCGCACUUGUCCCACCUGCAAAAAGCGGUUGAAAGCCAACGACUUCCAUCAAAUUACAUACAAGCCACAGGAAUUUGUCGUGCAGGAGGAGAAAGCACCAUCCCGAUUAGAGCUGGAACGCUCGUCAACAAACUCCAUAUAUGCAGACAUCAGCUCCAGCACGUUGAGAGAAAUUAAGAACGUUGACCUGGAUAGCUCCUUUGGUACGAAAAUCGAUACAUUGGCACGCCAUAUCCUAUGGCUUCGCGAACACGAUCCUGGGGCCAAGUCUGUGGUAUUCUCCCAAUAUAAAAACUUUCUCGAUAUCCUCGCCAAUGCACUAUCUCAGUUCAAAAUUGGGUAUAGCAGCGUUGAUGGUAAGGACGGCAUACACAACUUCAAAAGUGACCCGGCAGUUGAAUGUUUUCUGUUGCACGCCAAAGCACACUCAUCGGGCCUGAAUUUGGUGAAUGCCACGCACGUCUUUCUCUGCGAGCCUCUAAUCAACACCGCAAUCGAGCUUCAGGCUAUUGCUCGCGUACACCGUAUUGGCCAGCAUCGGCCCACCACUGUGUGGAUGUAUCUGGUCUCUGACACGGUUGAGCAGUCCAUCUAUGACCUCUCCGUGUCGCGUCGUCUAGCCCACAUCGUGCAGAAGGAGCAAGAGCAUGAGACACCGUCGGUCAACCCUUCCGAUGACGAUGCUGUUCUCCAGAAUCUCACGGAAGUAGCGAUCGAUUCGGCCAAUUCCUUGGAAAUGCAAGAUGCAGCACUGUCCAAGCUAAUGGCGGGCGGUGCGUCAGGUGGUGAGCUAGUGAAGAAGGAUGAUCUAUGGCAAUGCCUUUUCGGCAAUCCGAGCCAAAACAAGCCAACCAAUGGCCAUCUGAUUAACGCUGAAGGCGAAGUUGCACGAUUCUUGAGGGGUGAGGCAGCUGAACAGCGACGGGCGGUCCCUGCCCACCCAUAA